CCAACUACUGACGACCGGACACGGCUUAAGGUAUCGCGGGCCUAUCACGACAUUCCGAGGUAAAUCCAAGGACUGAAUUUAUCCCUGAUUGACAGACUCGAGCUUCACCGAGUCGCCCCUCCAUCUCGAACCUCCCCACCAAAACCCCAUCCCAACACACUAUCCAUCAACAUGGCGGACGUUCAGGAACGGUUGAAGAAGCUCGGAGCUUCUGCUCGCAUCGGUGGCAAGGGUACUCCCCGGAGGAAGGUGAAGCGCGCUCCCGCGCGCUCCGCCGGCGACGACAAGAAGCUGCAGCAGACGCUCAAGAAGCUCAAUGUUCAGCCCAUCCAGGCCAUUGAGGAGGUCAACAUGUUCAAGAGCGACGGCAACGUCAUCCACUUUUCCGCCCCCAAGGUCCAUGCUGCUGUUCCCGCCAACACCUUCGCCAUCUACGGCAACGGAGAGGAGAAGGAGCUUACGGAGCUCGUUCCCGGCAUCCUGAACCAGCUCGGCCCCGACUCGCUUGCCUCGCUCCGCAAGCUGGCCGAGAGCUACCAGAACAUGCAGAAGAAUGAGAAGGAGGCUGAUGACGAUGAGAUUCCCGACCUCGUGGCUGGCGAGAACUUCGAGAACAAGGUCGAGUAAACGGCCCGAUGUCGGAAAAAUAAAACUCUUACCGCAAUCUGGCAAUUUCCUCUCCGCUGCUUUGUGUAUGAAGGGACAGACACGAAUUUGGUUUUUCCAUCCAGGGAACAGGCGGCGUCUUUGGCGGUCUUCGUAAGUAGCAUUGGCUCCAGAGCCCAGGCAAGGUGGGGGAUAGGAAGGAGGGACAUAUGAUCGAUAUCC